AUGUACCCUACUGUCAAGAAACCCCAUGCCGUCAACGCCGUCGAAAUCUCGUCGUUGACAGUGCCUGGGUUCUUCAAGCUGGUGCCUGCCGAGGAUGAGAAUCCCUCCAAGUUUGCUAAAUGGGACGAAGCUCUCGACCUGGAGGAGUUCACUCAGGGGUUGUUUGAUAUCAGCCGAGAUGGAAAGAUGGCCGUCCACGCAUAUAUCUCCGACUGCUUCACAUAUCUCAAGACUAAAGGGAGCGAAGCUUGUUGGCACACGAAGACAUGCGGGUUUCGGAAUCGAGAGUCUGUCGCUGCCAGCGUCGCCCUCCAUUCGCUCCCACGUCAAUGGCAACAGCAAAAGUCGCCUAUAAGAGACUCAGCGCAGUCCACAGAUCCAUGCGAGCCAGCUGAUCAGUGGCCACCAAUCGACUUUUGUGCACUCAUAGACCCACGCGAGCCAACCGAUACACCCCCGCAUGCUGCUCUACGCAAACCUACAAACCCGCACAAGCCCUUCGAUCUGUGGCAAACAACAACCAAGCUGCACAAGCCCACAUACUCAUACCAGCAUUCUGACCUGCGCCAGCCUUUUGAUCUGCAUCAGCCCGUUAUUACCAAUGGCGAAUUCAAGGAAUCAACCACAGCAGCCACGACGAUCUCUGUCACAAGGCCUGAGGAUGACGGCGCCCUGGGCUGUUCCGCAGCUGUCUCCAAAUGCCCUAAGACGCUCCCAACGCCACGUAAGCCUUCGAAAAAGCGUGGUAGAGCGACUUCCGAUACCGACCACAAUGCAACCAGGCUCAAGGUCGAGGCUCUUGGCAUGAUCUCAUCGAGUCUGCUAUAA